CCCCCACCUUCGACUUUAUUUCUUGUUCUCAGUUUGGUCUGAUCUAUUUUGGAGGGUUUUAGACCAAAGAAAGAUCAAGAUGGACCAAGGACGAUUUGUUGAGUUGCUGCAAAGCAUUCAGAUUCCCGAUACCGAGAAGGUCAAGGCAGCUACCACCGAACUGCGCCAAACCUACUACCCCCACUCUGAGUCUCUACUAUGGCUCCUACAAAUUCUCGCUUCUCACGACGUCCAAGCGAUCCGCCAACAAGCAGCUGUUGAAGCCCUACGCCUCGUCCCGAAGCACUGGGCCACCCUUGACGGGCCCAAGCCAGCGAUCCGCGAGUCACUGCUCAAGGCCGCCCUGAACGAGCAAUCAUCUCUCGUGCGCCAUUCCACUGCUCGCGUUAUCUCCGCUAUUGCUGGGAUCGACCUUGAAGAUGGCGAAUGGGCCGACCUCCCGGGCUUCCUCAUGGAGGCCGCCAAGCAGCCACAAGUAGGACACCGUGAGGUUGGAGUGUACAUUCUCUUUACCCUUCUUGAGGUUGUUGGCGAUGGAUUCAUCGACAAGCUACCUAUCCUCUUCCAACUCUUUUCCAUAACCAUCCGCGACCCAGAAUCCCCCGAGGUCCGCAUCAACACCAUGCUUGCCCUCAGCCGCAUUGCGAUGCUCAUCGACCCUGAGGAGGACCGCAAGUCCCUCAAGUCUUUCCAGGACACUGUCCCAUCAAUGGUUGCUGUUCUCAAGUCAACCAUUGACGACAACGACGAGGAUCGCGCCAUGCAAGCCUUUGAGGUGUUUCAAACUCUCCUAGGUUGUGAGUCGGCCCUCUUGGCCAACCACUUCAAGGACCUCGUCCAAUUUAUGAUUGAACUCUCCGUCGAGAAGAGCAUCACCGACGAGACCCGCUCGCAAGCCCUCUCGUACCUCAUGCAGUGUGUCAAGUACCGCCGCAUGAAGGUUCAGGGCAUCCAAGGGAUGGGAGAACAAUUGACCAUCAAGGCCAUGCAAAUUGCAGCUGAGAUGGAAGAUGACGACGAUGACGAGGAUGAGAUUACCCCUGCUCGCUCGGCCCUGUCCCUCCUCGAUAUCCUCGCAAGCAGUCUCCCACCCCGCCAGGUGAUCGUCCCACUGCUCACCUCCCUCCCACAAUAUGCCAACAGCGAAGACCCAGCCCUCCGUAAGGCUGGUAUUCUCUCCCUCGGCAUGGUCGUCGAGGGCGCACCCGACUUCGUUGCCACCCAGCUUGAGCAAAUCAUGCCAUUCAUCCUCCAGCUGCUCAAUGACUCGGAUAUCAACGUCCGCCAAGCUGCCCUUCACGGUGUCUCCCGCCUUGCGGAAGACCUUGCGCAAGACAUGAGCCAGUCGCACGCGACUCUCGUCCCCGCUCUCCUCAAGAACCUCGAUGCCGCUGCCAGCCAGACUGAUAAGAUCAGCACUGGAAUCAUCAUUGGAUCCUGCCUUGCCCUCGACUCUCUCGUAGACGGCAUGGAGGCUGAGAUUUCUUCUCUGUACAUCUCGGAGCUUGUCCCACGCAUUGGCCGCCUGUUCGAGCACCCGGAUUUCAAGGUCAAGGGUGCAUCCGCAGGUGCUAUGGGGUCCAUUGCCUCAUCUGCAGAGGAGGCAUUCCUGCCUUUCUUUGAGCAAACCAUGAAGGCUCUGUCCGAGUACGUUACCAUGAAGGACAGCGAGGAGGAGCUCGACCUUCGCGGUACCGUCUGCGAUGCCAUGGGCAGCAUGGCAACUGCUGUCGGUGGUGUGGCUUUCCAGCCAUACGUCCAGCCAUUGAUGGCUGCCUCGGAGGAGGCUCUCCACCUUGGACACCCACGUCUUCGCGAAACCUCCUACAUUCUCUGGAGCACCAUGUCGAAGCUUUACGAGAAGGAGUUUGCUCCAUUCUUGGACGGUGUUGUCAAGGGCCUUCUGGAGUGCCUUGAGCAGGAGGAGUCUGACCUCGACGUUGAGCUUGGCGAGGAAGCCUCUGACCUCCUCGGUACCGAGGUUGUCGUUGCGGGCAAGAAGAUCAAGGUCGUUCAGCCCUCAACUGAUGAGGAUUCGAUGGAUGACGAUGAGGACGAUGAUGAUGACUGGGAUGAUCUCACCGCGGUGACUGCCGUUGCCCUCGAGAAGGAAAUCGCUGUUGAAGUCAUUGGCGAUAUCCUUUCGCACACCAAGGAUCUCUACAUUCCUCACUUGGAGAAGACUGUCGAGGCCGUCAUGACCUUGGUUGACCACUCUUAUGAGGGCUGCCGUAAGGCUGCCAUCGGCACCUUGUGGCGCGCAUAUGCCUGCCUUUGGGCUUUGAUGGAGGACCACACCGGCAAGAAAUGGACUCCUGGUAUUCCAUUGAAGGAGCAGCCAAGCCAAGAGCUUAUCAAGCUUGGUGAGGUUGUUGCUACUGCCACAAUGACUGUUUGGGGCGAUGAAGUUGACCGUGCCGUCGUCACCGACAUCAACCGCAACAUUGCCGCCACCCUCAAGCUCUGCGGCCCAGCUAUCCUCACCCAGGGUAACAUGCUCGAGCAAGUGACCACCAUCCUUGCCGCGCUUGUCACUCGCCAGCACCCUUGCCAGAUGGACAUGGGUGAUGAUGAGGACCAGGAGGACGUCGGCGAGACCUCCGAGUACGACUGGCUCGCGGUUGACACCGCCCUCGACGUCGUGAUCGGCCUCUCCGCCGCCCUCGGCAGCCAAUUCGGCGAGCUCUGGAAGGUCUUCGAGAAGCCUGUCAUGAAGCUCGCUUCCUCCCAGGAGGCCUUCGAGCGCUCCACCUCCAUCGGUGUCGUCGCCGAGUGCACCGCCCACAUGGGCGCCGCCGUCACCCCCUCCACCGCCACCCUCCUCAAGCUCCUCCUCCACCGCCUCACGGAUGAGGACCCUGAGUCGCGCUCCAACGCCGCCUACGCCACGGGUCUGCUCAUCCAGCACUCUGAGGACGUCAACACCUACGGCCCCGCCUACCCCGAGAUCUUGCGCAAGCUCGAGCCUCUCCUCCAGACUGAGCGUGCUCGCACCCUUGACAACGCCGCUGGCUGCGUCACCCGCAUGAUCACUGCCCACCCCGACAAGGUUCCCAUCGCUGAUGUGCUGCCCGUUCUUGUGGGUCUGCUGCCGCUGAAGGAGGACUACGAGGAGAACGCGCCUAUCUACGGGUGCAUCGUUGGCCUGUACCAGGCUGGCAACUCGACCGUGCAGGAGCUGACCCCACAAUUGGUGCCAGUGUUCGCGGCCGUGUUGGGAGAGCCAAAGGAGCAGCUCGAGGAGGAGACGAGGGCGAAGCUUAUCGAGACUGUGAAGUAUAUCGCGAAGCAGCAGCCGGCGCUGAUCCAGGGACACGCGGUGUUGGCGGCCCUGUGAGUUAUGAUACCAUGAUGUGAUGAGAGAGACGGUCCCCCUUGUUGGGUAGCGGACGUGAGAGUAGAUAGAUGAAAAUGUGGGAGUUAGCCCGUAAUCGACGAGAAAUUUGAUCAUGUUAUUGACUUCAUGAGCACUAUUUUCUACCAAU